AUGUAAGAAAUCAUGGGCUGUUCAUUCUGAUUUAUCAUUCAUGUCCACUUCUUCUGGUUGCCUUGCAUAUUCAAAUGAAGGUAUUUUCUCAUCCAAGUUAAAAUGAAUUAUGCACAUUUUCAGCUGCUGUCAUAGAAUAGUUAAUUAUGUAUCUUUUUUAUGUCCAUGUAUGACAGUAGUUAUACGUGACCGUCACAGAACACAUAAUUCUACUCAAACAUGGAUGUGCUGAUCAGACAGGACCUCUGUGAUGAAGAGAAGGGCUACAUUCAGAAGAGGCUUCAAGUAGUAGGUGACUGUCUGCGCAGUCACGGCAUUGUCUGUAAGCCUGAUGAAGUACCUCGUGUUGCACUACUCGGCUCAGGUGGAGGAGAGAGGGCCCAUAUCUCCUUUCUGGGUGUCCUACGUCAACUGGGGCAGGACAAUCUGCUGGACUGCUUCCUCUACAUGGCUGGAGUGUCUGGAUCCACAUGGGCCAUGUCUUCACUGUAUGCUGAUGCCCAUUGGUCGAAAAACGCGAAGGUCACCACCAGCAGUGUCCUGAAGAGCAUAUCUGAGGGGGAAGACAUGGAUUUUUCCGAAGGUGUGCAGUGGCUCAGGAAGAGAUACGAGGAAGGGGAUCUAUCCCUCUCUGAUGCCUGGGGAGUGAUGACUUGUGUUAUCAAAGGUGUACCGCUGGAGACAAGGACCCUGUCUGAUGAGGGAUCCAGAGACCGAGAUGGUGCCAAUCCAUACCCACUCUACAGUGCUAUAGACCGGGCAUUCUUUGACAAGGACAAAGCGAAAAGGAAAGAGUUGUGGUUUGAGUUGAGUCCCCAUGAGGCUGGGUUCACGGAACCUGGGGCUUUUGUUAAGACAUCCCUGCUGAAACAGGACUUUGAGGGAGGACGUGUAAAAUACUCUCUUAAGAGGAAGCCAAUGGACAUGGUUCAACUGCAAGGGAUUUGUGGAAAUGUUUUUGGAGAUGAGAAGCAAAACCAGAAACACAUCCUGGAUUGGAUCAAAAAAUCACUUUUGCCAAGGUCGCAAGGUGAAGCAGCCCCACUGUCAGGUGUGCUUAAGAUUGUGAUGGCACUGGUUGAAUUGGUGGAAUGUCACCAUAACAUGGAUCAUUGCCACACAGUGUUGGCCAAGUUGAAAUCUGUUCUCGGAGAGGACUAUGGAAAAUUCAGCACCACACUCCUUGAACUGGAUCAUGAGAUGUGGACAGACAUGGAUGACCAGAAGAGGAAACAGCACAUGGAGAAUAUCUUUGAAGAACUCAUAGGAUCAGCAGAGGAGUGGGGCCAGGAGUUGAACAAUCUUAAUAACAAACUAACUGAUGUGUGGUGGGUCAUUAAACACAUCUUGCCAUUAUUCAAUGAAUGGCAAUCUGGAAACGUGGCCAAUUUCCUCUACCAAAUCAACGAGCCCAAGGUUCCUGAGGAAAUGUGCAAGGAGGACACAAUGCACCUGAUAGAUGCUGGGCUCUUCCUGAACUCUCCGUAUCCAUCCGUGCUGAGAGAGGCGAGGGAUGUGGACAUCAUAGUGUCCUUUGACUUCAGUGAGGAUGCUCCUUUUAAGUCAUUAGAGGGAGCCUGGCAUUAUGCAGCCGCCAACCAAAGAGCCUUUCCCGACAUAGACUUUAAGGCUCUGAACCCUGAGUCUGACUGUCCAAAGUCCUUCUAUGUUUUUGAGGAAGAAGGGAAGCCAACGGUGAUCCACAUCCCCCUCUUCAACAUUAAGAAUGGCAAAGAUGAGGCCACCAUCAAACAGGAUUGGAGGGAAUACGCCACCUUUCAGAUGACCUACAGGGGCAAAAAGAAGAUUGACCACCUGGCAGAUCUGGCUGCAGAAAAUGUGAACAGAGACGGCAUCCUGAAAGAGAUCCGAAAAGCAGCAGAGAGACGCAAGGCCAAACAUUGAGAACAAACACACGCACGGGUUAGGGUUAGGAUUAGAGUUAGGGUUAGGGUUCAUGUGUCAUGAUAGUGUCAUGUGU